AUGAGUUCUCAGCAAGAUCCGAAUAGGAUUGUAUUACCGCCGGCAAUUCGUGUUUCGCCGCUUUUGCGUUGUCGGCAAAAAGAACAUGCCAAGAAACUUGAGGAAGCAGAGAAAGAACGCAUACUUCGUAAACAGCAAGGAGAUAAAAGCCUGUACGACAUUUAUUUGAACAUCCUGGAAACUGAUCUUGAUGAAGGUGGAUCGCUUUUUGGUAGCGUUCGGGAAUAA